AUGGGUUACAAGAGGAAGAAGGGCGAUGGUGAUGAUGAGGAAAUGGAUGGAGAAGAUCGCGGAAGACCCAGUUUCAACGGUUCGGAGAAGAGGAACGUGAUACUUCCUUCGAUGAUUAAGAACAAAGAUAAGAGAGCUAAAGUAUACGCGAAGCAGAAGCAUGAAAAGAAAAUCGAGAAGCAGAAGAAGAUCAAAGCUCGCGAUGCCGCUGAGAAACGAGCUCUUGAGCUUGGGGAAGAGCCACCGCAAAAGAUGAUUCCGAACACAAUUGAGAAUACCAGAGAAGCUGAUGAGACAAUGUGCAGACCUGACGACGAAGAAUUGUUUGCUGAUAUCGAUGCUGAUGAAUUCAAUCCAGUCCUGAGACAAGAGAUUACUCCUAAAGUCUUGAUCACAACCUGCCGUUUCAAUUCCACUAGAGGACCUGCGUUUAUAUCGGAGUUGCUUUCAGUGAUCCCAAACUCUACUUAUCACAAGAGAGGAACUUACGAUUUGAAAAAGAUUGUAGAGUACGCAAAGAAGAAAGACUUUACAUCUCUUAUUGUCGUGCAUACAAAUCGCAGAGAACCUGAUGCGCUUCUGAUCAUCGGUUUGCCAAAUGGUCCAACUGCUCAUUUCAAGUUGUCGAAUCUUGUUCUAAGGAAGGAUAUUAAGAAUCAUGGAAAUCCUACAAGCCAUGAACCUGAGCUGAUUUUGAAGAACUUUUCAACCCGUUUAGGAAAUCGUGUUGGGAGAUUUUUUCAGUCGCUCUUUCCUCAAGAACCUAAUUUCCGUGGGAGGAGAGUUGUAACAUUUCACAAUCAGCGUGACUUUAUAUUCUUCAGACAUCAUCGUUACAUAUUCGAGGCGAAGGAAACCAAGACUAAAGGAAAAGAUGGAGAGAAAGUUAAAGCUCGUCUUCAGGAAUGUGGACCUCGAUUCACGCUUAAGCUAGUUACGUUACAGCAUGGAACAUUUGAUCCUAGAGGCGGAGAAUUUGAAUGGGUUCAUAAGCCUGAAAUGGAUACUAGCAGGAGGAGGUUCUUCUUGUGA